AUGAAUCUAGGUAAUGGAAAAAUGGGUCUGGCACUAAACAAGACGUUUGUGAAGAUGUUAAAAAACCAGUUAUUCAUUCCGAAGCGUAUAGUCGGAGUAGUUCGCUGGUUGCUGGUAGCUACUGGUCUGCUGGGUACUUUGGGAUGUCUGGUGUUCCACUUCAAAGACAAUAUAAUGCGGUUUGCUGUUAGCUCUGAUUCACCGAGUAAAGUAAAACCAGAACCGGAUUCAAAUGGACAGGAGGCACCACCUAAAAUUGAAAUGUAA